CUCCGCAUUCCUCCCUCUUCAUUAUAGUUCUCUCCUUCUCUCUUUCGCGUGGAAACACCAGAGCAGGAUUUCAGGAGGUUAUAGACUGAUAAAGAAGGAAAGAUGGUGAAGAUCUGUUGCAUUGGUGCUGGAUAUGUUGGGGGCCCUACAAUGGCGGUGAUUGCACUUAAGUGCCCCGAUAUUGAAGUGGUCGUUGUUGAUAUCUCCGUGCCUCGGAUCACAGCCUGGAACAGUGAUCAGCUUCCCAUCUACGAGCCUGGCCUCGAUAAUGUGGUGAAGCAAUGCCGUGGCAAGAACCUGUUCUUCAGCACUGAUGUCGAGAAACACGUGUCGGAGGCUGAUAUAGUCUUCGUCUCUGUCAACACCCCGACCAAAACUAGAGGUCUUGGAGCAGGCAAAGCUGCAGAUCUGACAUAUUGGGAAAGUGCGGCUCGCAUGAUUGCUGAUGUUUCGAAGUCUGACAAGAUUGUGGUUGAGAAAUCCACAGUCCCUGUCAAAACAGCUGAAGCCAUUGAAAAGAUUCUGACCCAUAACAGCAAGGGAAUCAAGUUCCAAAUCCUUUCAAACCCAGAAUUCCUUGCCGAGGGAACUGCAAUUCAAGAUUUAUUUGCCCCAGACCGUGUUCUUAUUGGAGGCAGGGAAACCCCUGAGGGCGAGAAAGCCAUCCAAGCAUUGAAGGCUGUUUAUGCACACUGGGUCCCAGAAGAUCGAAUUUUGACCACCAAUCUGUGGUCUGCUGAGCUCUCCAAGCUUGCUGCCAACGCCUUCUUGGCCCAGAGAAUUUCCUCUGUCAAUGCCAUGUCUGCUCUCUGUGAGGCUACUGGGGCCAACAUCUCAGAGGUGUCAUAUGCAGUUGGCAAGGACACAAGGAUUGGACCCAAGUUCCUUAACGCUAGUGUUGGUUUUGGUGGAUCCUGCUUCCAGAAGGAUAUAUUGAAUCUGGUUUACAUCUGCGAAUGCAAUGGCCUUCCGGAGGUGGCAGAAUACUGGAAACAGGUCAUCAAGAUCAAUGACUAUCAGAAGAACCGCUUUGUGAACUGUGUUGUUUCCUCCAUGUUUAACACGGUCUCCAACAAGAAGAUUGCUAUUCUGGGGUUCGCAUUCAAGAAAGAUACUGGUGACACAAGAGAGACCCCAGCCAUUGAUGUGUGCAAGGGCCUAUUGGGUGACAAGGCCAGGCUGAGUAUAUACGAUCCACAGGUCACUGAGGACCAGAUCCAGAGGGACCUCACAAUGAACAAAUUCGACUGGGACCAUCCUCUUCACCUGCAGCCAAUGAGCCCGACCACUGUGAAGCAAGUCAAUGUGGUUUGGGAUGCUUAUGAGGCGACCAAGGAUGCUCAUGGUGUUUGCAUCCUGACUGAGUGGGAUGAGUUCAAGACUCUUGACUACAAGAGGAUAUAUGACAACAUGCAGAAACCGGCAUUCAUAUUUGACGGUAGGAAUGUCGUCGAUCGGGAGAAGGCUCAUAAAAUUGGCUUCAUUGUAUACUCCAUUGGCAAGCCUCUCGAUGCAUGGCUCAAGGACAUCCCUGCUGUGGCAUAGAGCAGAUGUGAGGUGAAAGUGGCCUUCUUCUGGGGGUCAUACAUUCAUACCUUGAGUCACCCAGUUUAAUUCUUUACAAUUUUUUUUAAUGGGUUUUUGUUAUUUCUCACUUUCCCAUAGUGGGUCAGAAUAGUGAUGCGACUUUGGUGAAAGUAAGAGACUCUACGUUUUGCCUUGCAUCGAAUUCCUUGUUGUUACAUUACUGUAUGUUACUUUUUGUUAGAAGACAUUAUAUUAUAUAUUGUUGGUUCAGUCUUCCAUCAUAAUUAGAAUGAUUUAAUUCUAUAAACUAUUUCCCC